CGCAGCAUCAGAAGAGCUGCAGAUUCCAUGAACUUAAUUAAAGAACUUUCAUACGAUAUAAUAGACGCCGGUGGAGUUGUGAGAUGUCAUGCGAUGAAUUAUAUUUAUGGCAUUGGCUUAUCUGAUGCAGAUGAAAUCACAGAACUGCUGAAGACAUGUUUGGAUAAAGGAUAUUUGUAUUCGUUUUUUAAACAUUUUUAUGGUGAUGUAGGAGUAUUUGGCUCGGCUUCCACGGCCAAGGCUCGCCGUCAAUUGCAACUACCUUUUUUCACACCGAGGGUAUUGAAUGGAUUUUUCGAUAUUUUCUACGAGGGAAGUGUUCGACUAUCUCAAAAGCUGGAGCCACUAGCUGGCACGGGACCCUUCGCUGCUGAUCAAAUUCUGGGGGAGUGGAGUUUUGACACCAUCAUAAAAACCAUGGGCGUUUCAGACAACGAUAACGAAGUAUAUUCUUCCAAGGAGUUUGUCGAAGCAUUGAAAAGAAGCGAUGACAUAAUUUACAAUAGAAUACACAGUAUUUGGAAGCAUCCUGACUUCAUGUUCAAACUUACUAACAACCAUUACGAGGCCAAUCAGAUGAGGAAAACUAUUCAAAAAAACUCACAUAAGAUUCUCGAAGUGUUACAACGUACUAUGAAACAUGACAUAACAUCGGACGAAAACACAGAUAAAUACUCAAAAAAAAACGUUUUGGAAGAUUUAUUGAGGUCUGGGUUGAGCGACGAGGAAAUUAGUCAGGAAUUAGUAGUACUAAUCCUUGGAACACAGCUACCCAGCUUCGCUUUGGGCUAUGUACUGAUGCUGCUCGGGCGAUACCCCUCGGUACAAGACAGACUCAACAACGAACUGGAGGAGAUACUCGGCGCUGCCCGACCCGUGUCCAGGGAUGAUCUCCCGAAGCUGGUGUACCUGGACAUGGUCAUCAAGGAGAGCUUGAGGCUGUUCCCUCCAGCGCCAGUUAUCAUACGAAGAGUAUUGAAGGAUAUCAUGCUACCUUCUGGUCGAGUGGUUCCCGCUGGCGUGGAAGCCAUGGUGUCCAUUUUGGGAUUGCACAGAGACCCCAAAUACUGGGGUCCCGACGCGGAGCACUUCGACCCGGACCGGUUCGCUCCGGACAGGAUCCGGAGUGUGCCGGCCAACGCCUACAUACCGUUUAGCUCCGGACCACGGAAUUGCAUUGGUUACAGAUACGGGCUGAUGGCAAUGAAGGUAGCCCUGUGUACAGUUCUGAGGAAGUACAGAAUAGUGGGGGAGCCUGCUCCGGGCCCCGCGCCGGACAUCAGGACCAAGUACGAGCUGUUCAUGAAACCCCUCGACGACUUCACUAUACAAAUUGAUAAUAAACAAUGAUGCAAUAAU